GUCCGCAACCACAAGCGCAUCAAACAACUUUUGCAUUCGCUAUUUUCUUUCUUUCCCUCCUCAUUUCCAAACAUGAUCAAAGCGCGUUACAAGAAGCAGGUCGCAGACCAGCAGCGUCAAGCAGGUCCCCAGUGUUAGACAAACACAGAGAACGGCGCAGGAUGUGUUGACAUCCUCGUUGUUCCUCCAGUGUUCCUCUCGGAAAUGGAGUUCUCUUUGCAAGGCUCCGCUUCAAACGUAUCCAAACUGCUCCACGACACCAGCAUGCCACUAAAUGCCACUGGGAAUUACACUAACGACCAAUUCACUGAAGUCAACCUCGUUGAAAUCCUGGGCCCAAAACGAUCUCCCUUCUUCCUCCCUGUGAGCAGUGUUUACCUUCUCAUCUUCCUCACUGGCUUGUCUGGGAAUCUGCUCACAUGUGCAGUGAUAGCAAAGCACAAGAAGAUGCGAAACCCCACCAACCUCUACCUGGUGAGCCUGGCUGUGUCGGACCUCCUCAUGCUGUUGUUCGGGAUGCCUCUGGAGAUCUACGACCUGUGGCAGAACUACCCGUUCCCCUUUGGCGAGGGCGGCUGCUACUUCAAGACCUUCCUCUUCGAGACGGUCUGCUUCGCCUCGAUCCUCAACGUCACAGCUUUGAGCGUGGAGAGGUACAUUGCUGUGGUGCACCCGCUCAAAACACGAUACCUGUCGACUAACCGGCACGCCAAGCGGGUCAUCACCAUCGUGUGGGUGGUGUCCAUGAUCUGUGCAGUCCCCAACACCUCCCUGCAUGGCAUCUUCUCCCUGCCAGAGAGAAUGGAGGAGUCGGCCAUAUGCACUGUGCUGAAGCCACUGUGGAUCUAUAACAUGGUCAUGCAGAUCACCACUGUGUGCUUCUUUUUUGUUCCCAUGAUGGUGAUCAGUGUGCUGUACCUGGUGAUGGGGCUUCAUUUGUGCAGAGAAAGUCGGCAGCCCAGUGGGGACCUGGGAAGGAACUCCAGCAGCAACAUUCCAAGGAAGAUCAGUGUGAACGGGCGCAGGAGACAGAUCAACAAGAUGCUCUCAAUCGUGGUGGCGGUGUUCGGAGUCUGCUGGGCGCCCUUCCACAUCGAGAGGCUCCUCUGGAGUUCCAUCAGCCAGUGGACCGAUUUGAUGCACAACAUUUAUCAGUAUGUCCACAUCCUGUCGGGCGUCUUCUUUUACCUCAGCUCUGCAGUCAACCCCAUCAUCUACAGUCUGCUCUCCACACGGUUCAGGGAAUGUUUACAAGAGCUCGUUUGCUCCCGCACGGAGGACAACAGCUCUGUCAGAGACUCGCCGCCAUUACCUAAGAUCUUACUGGAACCCUCUGUUUCAAGUGCCAGAGCUCAGGCUGAGGGGAAGGACUCCAACGCUUUCAUCCAUUUGCUGUCUACUGACAUGACACUGAGCAUGGACACUACAAUCCUCACGUGUGCAUGUAAAGAGACGAACUGCAAGACCUCUGUGUUCUAACUGAGACUCACAAGCAAUAGAGAAACUAGUUGGAUAUUUUGGGAAAUUUGCAUAUUAUAUCAGUAUAACAUUUUCCAAGUUCUAAUCAUGUGUCCUUGUGUUAAUUAGUCAUUUAUCCGUUGUAACAUGCUAAAUAUAUGUAAAACAAUUUUUUUAUUUAAUGCAUAUCACUCUUGUAACUAAAUAGCUUAUUCUGUUUCACUCCAAAAAGUCACAUUACUGAAGCUGGAGACGCUCUAACUUCUGUUUCCUUUAAAAAUGACAAGUUGGGAUUUGACGGGACCAAGAAAGAUGUUUUUGGGUUUUGUAUGCAUUAAACAAAGAGAUAUAACGUGUUAAUUAGUGAGAUUUAAAGGUGCUGAAAAGUGUCUAGCUGUUUUCCGUCUUUAUGCUAAGCUAAGCUAAACGUAUGCUCGCUCCAGUGAAAUUCGUCUUCUCGUCUAUCUCUUUGCGAGUGAAUGAACGUAUUUACGUAUUACUUAUGUAAAAUUGCUCCUUUAAACUUAUAACAUGUUGUUAAAGAGCUUGUACGUGAACUUUGAUUUUUCUUUCUGUUUGUUUGUUACCGUAGAUAAUAUUGUUCAACAGUGCCUGCAUAACUCACCUGCUGUCUUAUUCGGGUAACUGCUGUAUGCCUUAGAAAUCCACAGGGAAAGUGGGACAAUCAAGUCCGUGAGCUUUUCCUGAUCCUGUUUCGUCUCUUGUUGCACGGCCAACAUUGUGUACAUGAUUUUCUUGAUUGGUCAGCUCUUAUUCACUGUGAUUGCAAAGUAAAAGUAAAAAAGGUAUUGUGCAAUGCCUGGUUAAAAAUCAAUAAAUGUUGAAGGUGU